AUGGGUCUGAGCACUGUCCUGGUGAAGCUGUAUGAGGGAUCACUUCUUGCUGUGUCCCUAAAGCCGGCUUUCUACAUACUACCACUGCUGCUGGCAUUUCUUGGAUCUGCCCUGGGCUGGCCUGGGUCUCAGUCCUGCAGUGUCCAGGAGGUACUCCGACACUACCAAGCCGUCAUCUUCCAGGAUUUGCAGACUGCAAUGCAAUGGGCUGGGAUGGGUGUCCAACAUACAGAGCCUGGAUCCCGACACCACCGCUUCAUUCAGAAAAACCUGACUGGAGCUGGUGGAGGUCAGGGACAGCCAGGAACCUCCUGUGAUGCCCAAAAGGAGAGUAGCAUCCUACUGUCUAUUGAGUCCUUGGGUCAGACCCUUCUUGGGAGUGUGGCUGGAGUACCCCACAAUGCAUUAGAGAAAGCGGCAUGGACAGUGGCAGUGCGUACCGAGGCAGUGAUGCGCAGACACUGCCGAACAUCCUACAGGAUCCAGCAGCCAAGAAAGCACGCGGUACAGCUGCGCAGCAGUCGGAGGCGGCUCCUGCUACGUGCCCUACACGCUGUCGCCACCUGCUGGGAAAAGCUCUUUGCGCUAAGUGACAUGGCUACCGGCGAAUUCUAG